AAAAACUAAAGGAGAAAGAGAAGAAAAAUCUGUGUGGAGCAGCUGGGAAGAAGUGAGCAGGUCGCGAAUGAGCAGGAAAAGUGAAGAAGAAGAAGAAAGAAGAAAAGGAUAAUAAACACUCAUCCCUCUUUCCUUCUUCUCCAGGCUCUAAGCCGUAAGUCAUCAUGGGGAAUUUUAAAGGCCACGCGCUACCUGGCAGCUUCUUUCUGAUCAGCGGUGUGUGGUGGGCGGUGAAGUACUCGCUGUGGUACGCCACCCGCAGGAACAAGAGCGCCGGUGCGGCGAGGCUCACCACACGAGCCACACAGCACCGCCUCGAAAUCAUCGAAGGAGCCACGAUGCUCUUCUUCUCUGUUGUCGGGAUGCUAGCAGAACAGUUUACAGUGGACGGUCCGAAGCUCCACCUGUACGACUCGUCCACUCAGCACUGGGACAAACUGAUGAACUGGCAGCACACAACCAUGUACCUGUUCUUCGGCCUGGCCGGAGCCACGUCGCUCACCGUCCACAGCACGAGCGCAGCUCCUCUGGCCUUAGAUCGCUUACUGCUGGGCCUCGCUUUCUUCAACGAAGGAUUUUUAUUCCUCUAUCACCUACACGGCAGAGACACGCUGGAUGUCCACAUCCACAUGCUCCUGCUGUAUGCCGUGUUCGGAGGAGCUCUCGUCUGCCUGCUGGAGGUCUUCCACAGAGGAAACGUGCUGCUGGAGCUGUUACGCGCCGCACUCUGUCUGCUGCAGGGCAGCUGGUUCUGGCAGAUUGCCUUUGUGCUGUAUCCCCCCGGCGAGGCGAAGUGGGAUCAGUCCGAUCACGGCAACGUGAUGUUCAUCACCAUGUGCUACAGCUGGCACCUGGCCUUCGCGCUCAUCAUCGUGGCUAUAGCACACACCACUGUUAUAUGCGUGGUACGUUCCAAACUCAGGAGGAUGCCACCAAUGGAGAUGGGUCUGCUGAAGCCACAGGAAAGAGAAGGAGACUCUGAAGAUGAGGUUUUAUAAGUAUUUAUCACCCAUGUGCCGGGUUUUCUCAGUGAACCCACCUGUAGAGAGCCACCUGUAAAAGCCAGCACGAUCAAAAACCAGUGACAGGGACAACGUUGACUUCCUGUAGUCUCAAUCCACUACGCUGAGGGGGCGGGGCCAAAUGUGGACGAUGACAGUUUAUCUUCGGCUGCCGUUAUGUUCUGUCUAGUCGUCUGUCUUAAAAAGGAAUACUCUAGUGUUUUUUAAUCCUAAUCUAAUCCACUGUAUCUGUAGUGUAUCUGUGAUACAUGAAUUUUAUCAUAUAUUCCCUGUACUGAAAAAGACCAGAAAACCUGUUAGCUGAAAACUCGCGUAUAAUGGAAAGUCUAAGUACAUGGCAGGGGGUCAAAACACAAGCACAUCAAGGUCAAAACACAGGCAAGUGUCAGAAAACAUGGCUCGUAAUUUACCGGUACAGAAAUGCACAAUAAUAACGAAACAUGAUAACAUCAGGGUAUAAACAGACAAACUAAUUAAAAGGGCUUAACACGAAACAGGUGCACACAUUAGGAGAGCAAAGCAAUGACGUGACGGGGAUGGAGACAGGACCAAGACCAAAACCAAAACAAAGGCAGGAAACAAACAAAAGCACAUGGGGAACAUAUAGCAAGAGCAAAACACCGGUCACGUCUCUGGGAAUCACGCUGAGAGGGAAAAUUCGUGAAUUUUCACCAAAAUUCAUGAAAAUUUACUGUAACAGUUUUAACAGUUCAACAGCUGCCCUUAAACUUCCAUUAAGAAUGAGUUUGGAGUAACUUACUCCAGGGAAACGUAUUGAAAUUACAGAGUUUAUGAUUUUAAAAAAUGUCGGAGUAUUCCUUUAAAGAGAGAUGACAGGACUCACUCUGGUGCACUCAUUCCUUUACUUUGUUAAAAAAUACCAAAGAACCUGAUAUUUUAGCUAAAGAUGUUGUGAGAUUAUGAUGAGAUACAUAUUUAUACUUUAUAUGCAUUUUAUGUUUUCAUGGUUAAUACUUGUAACUCUAAGAUAAUACUUAGUUAAUAACAGCCUUUUAAGAUUCAUAGACACAGCAGUAGCUAUAAUACUAGCUAUUGAUAUGAGUUGAUAUGAGAUUUGGCUUUUUUUGCUUUUGGACAACUCUACUUAGUAGAAAUGUUGGAUAUCAUUUCAAGUAGGAAGUUAAAUGCCAGGGCUUUAAUGUUUUGUGACAUUAUGUUGAAAUUUUUUGGACUAUCUAAGCAGAAACAGUGUGCAAUCUGGGAAGAACCUUGAAUUAUGUUGCAUCAACUAUUUAUUGAUGUACAUGAACAGUAUAUUUUGUAAAGAUACUGCAUAUUUCAUUAAGGAUUUAAAACAGCUUUUUAUUAUUUAACAGAGAUAUUAUAAUGGCUACGCCUUAACAAAAUGAUGUGUGUAAUUUUCUCUUUUUUUUUAUCUUGUUAACUUAGUUAACUUUUGUUAUUUUUUACUAUACACUGAUAGCUUUGUGAUGGCUGUAUUUAUGAGAAAGCGUUGUGUAAAAUGCUGCCAUUACAUAAAUUUUCAGCUCUCCAAAAGGAUCCUGUGGUCUCUUCUUUUAAAGUGAAGUUCUUACGUCCACAGAGUGACAAAGUUGACACUGUGAAUUUAUGAGAAUGUCGCCCUGUCAAUGAUGGUGAUGGCGUUGACUGACCACUUUAUUAGGAACAGCUGUACACCGGCUCGUUCAUGCAUUUGAUCCAACCAGAGCUUCAGUUAAUGUUCACAUCAGACAUCUCAGCGACUUUGAGUAUCUCCAGGUGAGUCAGACCCUGAAACGCCUCCUCUGGAAUAGACGUUAGCGUGUUUUUCCUCAGGUCUAAUAAUUUCAGGGCUUUAAGAGGAGCAAGCAGGGAUGAAGGGAGUGUAUUUGGUUUGUUGUCUCUCAGAAUCAGCUUCUCGAGUGACUGCAAUUUCUGAAACAGGUCCUCUGGUAGAGAAGAUAGCUCACUUACUGAAAGCGUUAAGCUGAUUAGAUGGUGAGUCUUGUUGCACCUCCCUUAAUCCUUCAACCCCGUACUGCCAAAUCAGAGAUUUGAUUAAAUAGAAAACUCUUUGCUUUAGCGUAAAUGUCCCAGAAGAGGUUGCUAUGAUAAGUUCUCUAAUCUUGCUGCCAAGCUAACCCACUAAAGAAUGGCAAUUUAGCAUUAAUCACCAAGUUUGGAUUAGCUUAGCAACAACCUAGCAUUGUCUUCUUUUAAUAUGUGCUGUUGUGCUUUGUCAGUUGCACAUUUCUUGGGAUUUGAGCUCAUUCUUGAACAUUACGACCAGACGUGAAUGAUAUUGUGAAUGUGUAUGUAUGUGUAUGAUGCCCUGCAAUGGACUGGCAUCCCAUCCACGGUGAAUUCUCCUGCCUUGGACACAGUGUCACCAUGAUUGUUUCCAGAUCCUCCAUGACCCUGACCAGGAUAUAGCAGUUACUCAUGAUGUAACUGCCUCUAUUACACAUGUUAGCUGUUCAGCUUUAUUAGGAGUGACAUUGUAAACAACUAAAGUUUUUCCCAUCCCUUUAAUAGUAAAGUACACUUCAUUAAAUUUCCCGGAGUGAACAUUCAGUACUACUAAUACUAUAAUAUCUAAUACGCUACAGAUUUAUGUGAUUUGCAGCUAAAUAUUUAAGAUAGUAUUGUGUUCUUCUUCCUUCUUAUGAAACACCACCCCAUCUGGUUGCACUCUCCAUUUCACCCUGAUGUUCUCUGCCAUCCCGUUAUCCUUCAGUGUCUGUUCGAUCUAACGAAUACGACUUUUAGUACUAAAUAAUUCAGGAUGACGACACUAACCUCUUGUGAAACUUGUAGAAAUGUGACAAAAACUGAACACGACAGUCAGAUUCUGAUUACAGUAGAGUGUGUAUGUGUCAGAACUUGAUGAAGACUCUGGUUGAACUAGUUCUAAAAUGAGGAAGAUAAUUAUAAGUCUCAUCCUUGUGAAGGACGAGACCUACCUUCUCCAAGAUGGCUGACUUUAACGCCCUGACAUCCUGAUUGGACCGCACCGUCACCCUUAUGGUUUGUUGUUUCUUGAUUACUGGAUGUAGAGAUGCAAAGACACAUAGAAACACACACACGAACAAACUAAUUAAACUAAUAUUGUAAAUGCAGUUUAAAUUUGUCUAGAUAUGAGACUCUGAGCACUGAGCAUGAGCAGCUUGACUGUAAUUUAAAUAACCACAGAUAUUUAAAGAGUGAUAGAGUGGUAGAGACAUUGGUUUGGUCUAUCCACUUCCAGGAGUCUCUGAACAAACCAAACCAAACCACAUGUAAAGUGACAAAGGUGCUGCCAGUCCAUUUAUAACUGAGAAUUCUGUUUCAUCUUUUGUGCUGUCCGAGGUCUGUGUAAUACUGUCUACAGUAACU